UCCGCAUUUGCUCGAAAGCCGCCGACGGCAGAUUUGAUCGUUUCUGAGCAAGACGGACACAACUUCGGUUCUUUAGGAUCACUACUAGAUUUACGUCGGUGUUAGUUACCUCUUUAUGUGUGACUUUAAACUUAUCUUUAGUUGAUAGAUGAUCCUUAACUGAACGUCAUGACAAGCUAUCCUGCUAGCUGCCCAUUUAGCUCGGUGAGAUAAGUGACGAUUUGUCUCUUGCUGGCCCGAUCAUUAUCUUGACAAUUAGAGUCAGCUCUUUGGCUCAAAGGUCUUUCCCUUCCUACAGUUCCCAAAUUCAACUCGUUCAACCCAUAGAAAAACUUGUUACUGGCUAUCUCUCAGUGUUACCGUCACAAUGUCUGGGAGUCCUGCUGUGAUUAUGCGCCUGGUGGCAUCUGCUUACACUGUGGCUGAGAAGGCUGGAGCUAUUGUGAGGAAGGUCCUUCAGAGUGGAGAACUUGGCAUCGUGGAAAAGACUGGCGCUAAUGAUCUGCAGACGCUGGCAGACAGACUAGCACAGCAGAGCAUUUGUGCUUCACUGUCCAGACGCUUCCCCAAAAUCACCAUUAUUGGCGAGGAGGAGCUUCCAGCUGAGGAGAUAACUGAAGACCUCAUUGAAAAGGGCCAGGCAGAGGAAAUCCUUCAGAAGUGCUGCCCAGCAGAGUAUAGCGGGCUGAAAGAAGAGGAGCUAGUUGUGUGGGUGGAUCCGCUCGAUGGCACGAAGGAGUAUACUGAAGCGUCAAAGUGUCUCCAUCUCCGAGCUGAGGCCCAGACACCACUCAAAGGGUCGGACACCUCUCAGCUUCUCAGCACAGCUCUCUGGCUCCUGGAUAAUGUGACGGUGCUUAUUGGUGUUGCAUACGGAGGAAGACCUAUCGCGGGUGUCAUCAACCAGCCUUUCUACAACUACCAGCUCGGAGCAGGGGCAGCUUUAGGUAGAACCAUUUGGGGAAUGCCAGGAUUGGGUGCUUUUGGAUUUCAGCUGCAGGAAGUUCCAGGUGACAGACGCAUCGUCACCACCACCCGUUCACAUAGCAACAAGCUGGUAACGGACUGCGUAGACGCCAUGGAACCUCAUGAAGUCAUAAGAGUGGGUGGUGCAGGAAACAAGGUAAUCCAGCUUGUUGAGGGAAAAGCUUCUGCUUAUGUCUUCGCCAGUCCAGGAUGCAAGAAAUGGGACACUUGUGCUGGUGAAGCCAUUCUGCAUGCUGUUGGAGGUAAACUGACUGAUAUGCAUGGCAAUGCAUACCGCUACGACGCUAAUGUAAAGCACAUGAACUCUGCUGGGGUUCUUGCUACACUACGCAACCACGAGUACUACAUCAGCAGAGUGCCACAGUCAGUGCUGCAAGCCCUGAAGUCAGAUUGAGGUCUGUCUCCAUCAACAAUCACACAAACGUCCCUCUGUGGUGCAGAGAAUCAACAUGAAGCUUUAAAUCCACUGUGAACAGCUCCUGGACACAUGCAGGACGCUUCUUUGUGUCAGGAACUGUCAUGAAUUGUAAUUUAUACCCCUUUAACUCACAUUAUCUGACUUCAACAGCAUGUAAAGGUUAACCUGUAAAACAACACAAUACAAGAUUGAAGAUGGUGAUUUCAAAAGGUGAUUUUCACACCGUAUCAGUUUAUGUGUCAUUCAGCAUCACUCAACACUGAAUUAAUCAGAGACGACAAGCAGGAAGCAGACUCAACAGCACUUCCAUUUAUUUCACUCGUUUGAAACAAACUUGUACAAAUCUCAAAACAUCUUAACAUACCGUUUCCAACUUGAAGACCGACAGAUUUACAAGGCAAAAGGCAAGAUUUAAAUAAAUAAAAAAAUACAUAGGUUAGAUGUCCAUUAGUGAGUUGGAAAUGAUUUACUUCAUUUAAUAACCACUAAGUGGGAACUAGCAUAAUGACAACAACAAACAAAAUGCCAUCGUCCUGACUUGAUGAUUCUGAUGUCUUUACAAUGUCAUGCGAUGUCUUAUGACUGGAACGAUGUUGUGAGAGGUUGAUAACAAACACCUCUCCAAACAUGACAUUUUGAACUGUGAUCACUUUUAAAAUGAAUAUAUUGAAAACUAUUUCUUAUAAUCCUGCACGGUUCAACAGUUUCUUACCUAACAAGAUGCCAUUUUCUUUUCAUUUUUUUUACACACCGUCCUCUUGUGCGCUGGCAGCUCCGUCUCUACUGUUCUACUCACCUACUGUACUUAACAGACUAAAGGACGCAAACUCAGAGUUCUCACUGAUGUUUGCUUCCCACAUUUGCCACAUACACUGAAUUUACAUACUGUAAGAACAGAAAAUUUAAUUUUUACGCUAUUGCAUUGCUCUGUUUUGCCCAUGUUAUACCAACAAUGGAAACUCUCCUCUUGUACACAUUAAAUGACAAACACUCCUUCAGUGAUGCGAGGGGUAAAAAAGGUUCAUAGCUGGAUGUUGGUUGUGAAAAGAGGCUGGAAACACUAAUGUAACACAGAGCAUCUGAUCCAUAUGAAUGCCCUAGUAAAAUACAGCAUUACAGUGCUGUGUCCUUCUUUUAAAGAUCAAAUAGACUUUAAUGGCCUGUACAGAUGAUUAUGCUUGCAUAUAGCAAGAUUUCUAGCAAUAUUUCUUGCACUUAAAUCAUCAAAAUCUUAGGAUUUUAUUUAUCUCCACAGAGAAAAACAUUCUUGAGUCAAAGGAAAAUCAUUGAAAUGUCAAACUAGCUAUUUUUAAGCAGUGUACUAACGCAGGCAUGUACAAGGGGGCAAUGGCAGUAGUUAAGUAAAUUACAUGAACAUUAGACCAAUUAAGGAGAGAUAGGAAAUAUUUGGCCCUGUUGUCUGGGACAGUCUAUGGAUUUUACAUUGGCUAGGGCUAAAAGAACCCAUCUCAGUCUCACAAGCGUGCAUGCAUUCACAAAAUCACCAUGGAAAUUGUUAAUCUGAAGGCAGGGAAGCAUCUUUUCUGAACAUCUUGCCCUUUCCACAAGAGGUUGGUUUCAAUAUUGCUGAAUGGGACUGACUGGUAGAAGGGAGGGCUGAGUAAUACAUACCAUGGCGUCAUAAAAAUUAAAAAAUACCACUCACAGGUUCAUAGAAAUACCCACAAACAAGCAAAAAAACACUCCUGGAAUUUCUGUUUACACACGAACAAGC